GUCAUUGAACAACAAGACUUGCUCGAUGGCAGGCGUCUUCCUGCCAAUAUGAAUAAAAGAGUUCUCUGUAACUCUACCACAAAGUACGCGAUAGUGGAAUUUAUAUGUUAUCUUUGUUUUAUAAAUUAUUUAUUUUUAUAGUGUUAUUAUAUUGAAAACCAUAUUUAUUAUUUAUUAGUGAAUAAUAGUUAAAUUAUAGUCAAAACGCUUUACGGGUGUUGUAAUCGCCGUGUCCUUGUGAUUGUUUUGUUUUAAUAUUUUAUACUUCAACUAAACAAAAUUGCCAAAAUGAGUGAAAGUGUGACAUCAAGAUGAAGCUAAACAUUAGUAGAGUUUGAUUUGUACAAGUGAAUUCAUCGGAGUGUAAUGCAUACGAACAAACCCUAUCAACUGUGAAUUUAUACCUAACUACAAAAUCGUGGACAACACUAAAUCAAAUAAUGCUCUCGGUGCAAGUGCCGGGGUGCGCGGGCAUGGAGCGGUUGGGCGCGCCGGGGGGGCCGCGCCUACGUCACGAUCACAGACAUCAUUCCACAUUGGAAUGGGAGAAACAGCAGAGGCUGCAGGCGAUGGUGGGGCGGCUGCAGGAGAUGGUGGAGCAGGAGACGCGUGCGAGGUCCGCCGCGGCGGCGGAACGGCUCGGCCUGCCGCCCAGCAUACGGCUGCCGGACGGCGAGUACGGCCAGGACGCGCACCUGCAACUGCGGGUGCCUUACCAGCAAGCCGAGCUGACGAGGAGCAGCUUCCAGCCGCCGCCGAACAAGUGCGUGAGCGACGUGCCCGAGUGGGCGGGCGCGGCGGAGGCCGGCCGCCGCCCUGCGUCAUGGUGCCGCGGCGCGCGCCGCCGCCGCUGCCGCCGCUGCCCUCGCCGCCCGACGCGUGACGCCUCCUCCCCGCAACACCCCUCUACCAUAUCACGCUUACAUUCCAUUAUCGGGACGAUCACACUCGCCGAAGUGCACGCGCGUCCCGGAGUAUUAUAGACUUGCUAAUUUAUUUAUUUGGGACUCGCGCCCGCGACGAGUCACACGAACGCGUACCUUGUGAUAUGUGCGACGGCGACGGGCCCGUGUGGUGACAGUGACUGUGUGGACUGCGACCGGCCGGCCGGCGAGCGCGACUAGUCUUACUUUAAUCGGUUUAAUAAUUGUUUCUAUUGAAAUUUUAUGAAACGACUGCCCGCUAUUUGUGUUGUAGGUGUGUAUGGCGUUUGUGCGUCCGUGUUCCUCGCACUGUCUUUGAGUUUCGCAAUACUAAGACUGAGAUAAAAUAAAAAGAUAACACUAUUAAACAUAGUCUACGUUGAAGUAUGUUGUCUUAGAUAAAAUUAAUUCAAAUAGAAACAAUUAAAAUUAUAUAAUAUUUAAUGAAUCUUUCGAUUGUAACCUUCGAUGAUAUUGUAUAUUAUGGAAAAGGUCAGUCAAUAGUGAGCUAAUGUCUUGCAGUGUACAGUUUCAUAUUUAAGUAACCUAUUUUAAAGUUUAAUUUCUAUCCAGCAGCUAUAAAUCUGUGUUUAAACAACUUUUAUAUUUAUUUUUGACAAUGUGUAAAAUAAUGCAUAUCAAUACAGUAAAAGCAAGGAAUAUUAAUUUACAAAGCAUAGUUGAUAUUUAAUUGUAAAUAAUUAUUGUCUCUAAUUUACUAUUAGACAAAUAAUGACCGUACGCCAAAAUGAUUGACGGUCAUGUCAAUUGAGUGUUUGCUACAUUCCAUAUUUAUGUUGAAAUCUUUUCGAUACUGUACUCACUUUCACUAUGUCAUACUGCCACCGAUUAGGCAACAAUAAAUGAUUACUCUUGCUGUUUAACAAUGUCAUUCUGACAAUAAUUGAACAAUAAAUUAUUUAUUAAUUAAGUUUUGAUUCUAAUGUUGUACACUAUUAACUGCCAUACUCCUCGCCAAGCUUUAGCAUCAUAUAUUUAUGGCAUGACAUGUUUUAAUAAUUUUAUUACUACUAAAUUGCCAAACAUUGUUUUAGAAUAAAUAAAAUAUGAGAAAACUAUAUUAGAACUUCUGAAUAACAAUGGCUUUAGAUAAUAAAUUAUAAAUUAAAUAUAUGAGAUGUCCUAAAAGACAUAUUUUUAGCUUUUUGGCAUUGAAAAUUUUUAUCUUUUUUAAAGUAGCAAUUUUAAUGUUGAUAACUUUAUAUAUGGAAUUACUUGAAAUUUAAUUUCAGCUGAAUUUAUUCAGUAGAUCUAAAUAGUUUGAUUCCCCUUAUUUGAUUGAGGCAUAUUUUUUCAAGAAUACAGCAUACUACAGUCAUUACAAUAGUUUGGAAAACUAGUUAUUGUUCUAUUCAAAUUGUUGUUAUAAUUUGAAAUGACAAACUUAUUUGUACAAUUAUCAUUCAUACAACUUUGUUAAAUGUCACCUUCCAUUCUACAUUACAUCACUUCUAUUAUAAAAGUGUAUUGGAACUUUUAGCAAUAAAUUAAAAUUUAGAGGUAUGAGAAUUUGUUACAUGUUUACACAUUAUUCAAUAUGCAUUAGAUCAGCAAGUAGUUAUUAAUGUUUAUUUACUAAAAUGUGUAAUAAUGCAGUGAUGUGAAAAUAGAUUCUUAUGCUCUCUAAAUAUAUUUUGUUGGAAGUGAUUCAAAGAAUGGUUAGUUACUUCAUUUAAUCAGCAUUUGAUUUAAUGUUAAACAAAAACCUAAUAUAUGCCCAUUUAUUGUACCUUACUAUUUUAAUAGUCUUAAAUUUAUAAUAAGUAUUAGUAAAGCAGUCCUUGUACAAAGUGCUAAUAAAAUAUAAAAGUUGUUUAAAUUAGUGUCACAGAAUAGAUAUUUAAUCUAGUUAUCAAACAAUAUUCCAUUUGUCAUAUUAAUAAAUAAAAGCAGAAGCAAAUUUUUAAUGAUAAAAGAAAACUGCAUUAAAUUAUGACCUACCAAUAAUG